AUGACUCUCCUGGAAGGUCUGCGGCGGUACCCUAAGGCGUGCCUGUGGUCGCUCAUCUUCUCGAGCGCGCUCAUCAUGGAGGGCUUCGACAAGGCCUUCAUCACGGCCUUCUUCGCGUUCCCGCCCUUCCAGGAAGCAUACGGCGAGCUGCAGUCCACGGGCGACUACCAGGUGCCCGCGUCGCUGCAGGCGGGGAUCCAGAACGGCGUGAGCGCCGGACAGAUCAUCGGGCUCCUCCUCAACGGCCUGCUGGCCGACUGGUUCGGGUACCGGUGGGUGAUGGAGGGCUGCCUCUUCCUGAUGGUGUGCUUCGUGUUCCUGCAGGUCUUCGCGACGAGCAUCUGGAUGUACCUGGGGGCGGGGGUGCUCCUGGGGGUGCCGUGGGGCGUGUUCCAGACGCUGACGACGACGUACGCGGCCGAGGUGUGCCCCAACGUGCUCCGGCCCUACCUGACGAUGCUGGUGUCCAUGUGCUGGAGCAUCGGGUACCUGCUCGGGACCGGGGUGCUGCGGGCCUUCCUCAACAUGGACGGGCACUGGGCGUACCGGAUCCCGUUCAUGCUGCAGUGGGUGCUGCCGGUGCCGCUGGCGGUCGGCAUCUUCCUGGCGCCCGAGUCGCCGUGGUGGCUGGCUCGCAAGGGCCGCGACGCCGACACCGAGAAGGCGCUGCGGGCGCUGCAGUCCGGCGGCGCGACCGAGGAGGACAUCCAGGCGACGCUCCACAUGAUCCAGUACACGGUGCGGAUCGAGAACGAGGCCAAGACGAGCAGCUCGUACCUGGACCUGUUCCGCGGCACCAACCUGCGGCGCACCGAGAUCACCGUUGUCACCUACCUGACGCAGGAGCUGUGUGCGCCCCUGGUGUCAUACGUCGUCUACUUCCUCCAGCAGGCCGGCAUGGACACGUCGUCGUCCUUCGGCUUCGGCAUGGGCCAGUACGCCCUGGCCAUCGUCGGCGUCCUGGUGGCGUGGUACCUGGCCCCGCGCAUAGGGCGCCGCCGCCUCGUCAUGAGCGGCAUCACCUUCAUGGCGUCCACGACGUUCGUCAUCGGCUUCAUGGGCGUCCCCGCCGACUCGUACGACAACGCCAACAUAGCCUACGGCAUCGGCGCCAUCCUGCUCGUCGAGUACUUCUUCUUCUUCAUGACCCUCGGCCCCUUCAUCUACACCAUCGUCACCGAGAUCCCCUCGAGCUUCCUCCGCACAAAGAGCGUCGUCAUAGCCCGAGCCGUCUACAACGUCGGCGUCCUCGUCUACGGGCAGCUGGUCCCCCGCAUGAUCCAGCGAGCCUCGUGGAACUGGGGUCCCAAGUCCGGCUUCUUCUGCGGAGGCAUCAUGUGUCUCGCCCUCCUGUGGGCCUGGUUCCGGCUCCCCGAGACGAGCAACCGUACGUUUGCAGAGGUUGACAUCCUCUUCAAGAACAGAGUCAAGGCCAGGCAGUUUAAGACUACAAAGGUCGAUCUUGCUACCCAGACCGUCUACAAGGACGAGUAG